GCUCGCGGAAGGUCUAAAACCUUAGACAUCUCCAUUUGCGUCAAGAAUCGCAUUUUUCUGUUAUCUGAAGGCAUAUGUGUUCUGUCCAGAGAGGCCAUUAACAAAGGCUGAAUAAUCUGUAAAUAUGUCUUUUGCAUUGACACCUUCAAAAAGACCUCAUGAUCGGAGCUCAUUGGAGCAUAAUGGAAAGGGGAAAUGGCAAAAGUCUGGAAAUUUUAGGCCACAGUCUCAACAGCUGAAAAUUUCCCCUGGCAACACCGUUUUUCGUAUUCUCUGUCCUGCUUCGAAAGCCGGAGGUGUAAUUGGAAAAGGUGGCAUCAUUGUAUCACAGAUACGCCAAGAAACUGGUGCAAAGGUCAGAGUUGAAGAAAUGGUUUCUGGAUGUGAUGAACAAGUAAUUGUUAUUGUGGGGUCUGAUAAAGAGACAGAAGCCAGCAGUGAGCAAAGCAAGGAGGGUGAAGCUGAUAAUGUCGCUGAAGAGAGUGAUGAAGCCAAGGAAGACGAGGAAAACAAUGAAAGUAAGGAGUCUUCUCCAGCUGAAGAUUUACAAUCUGAAAAAGCAACUUCAUCUGUGCAGAAGGCUCUCUUACUUGUUUUUGAAAGAAUGGUCGAAGGAGAACCCGAUAAUGAUGAAGAUGAUGAAGAAAGUAAGAAAACUUCCUCCUUCGUUAUCAGGUUACUUGUGCUGUCAAGCCAAGUUGGCUGCAUUCUGGGGAAAGGUGGGAGUGUAAUUAAGCAAAUGGCAGCAGAAAGUGGAGCACAAAUCCGAAUUCUUCCUAGAGACAAAAUUCCUUUAUGUGCAUCACCAGCUGAUGAACUAGUUCAGCUGACAGGUGGAUUGGAUGCAGUUAAGAAGGCUCUUCAAUGUGUUUCUCAGCAGCUUUUAGAAAAUCCGCCUCGUGAUCGUGACUCUUUUCCUGCAAGCAAGCCUACUGGGCCAUCAUCUUAUCCAUUUGGUGGUUCUCUUCCUAAAUCAGAAGUGUAUCCUCCAUCAAACUAUCGAUUCCCUGCUCAAGGACCUUAUACUGCUGGGCCACAUGAUGGCGUUGACUAUCCUUCGACUCUUCCACCGUCAAUCCCUAAAUUCCAUGACAAUUUUAUCCCAAGUCGAAUGAAACCUCCUCAGGAAAUCUUAACCUUUCGGUUAUUGUGUCUCAAUGAGAAGGUUGGCGGUAUCAUAGGAAAAGGGGGAACAAUAAUUAAGACACUUAAACUUGAAACCGGCUGCGAUGUUAAAAUUCUUGAAGGUGUUCCUGAGUUGGACGACCGCAUCAUUGUGAUAUCUGGUCCAGCGAUUCCAGAUGAAAGGAUAUCCACUGCACAAGAUGCAGUUUUGCGUGUCCAGGCAAGGAUAGCUAGGGCUGUGCCUGAUAGCAAGGAGAAAACUGCCUUAGCCCGGCUUCUUGUCUCUUCCAAUCAGAUUGGUUGCCUUCUUGGCAAGGGUGGUUGCAUAAUAGCUGAAAUGAGAAAGUUAUCUGGGGCUCAGAUUCGCGUAUUAGGGAAGGAUCAGAUCCCUAAGUGUGCUUCGGAAAAUGAAGAAGUAGUUCAGAUAACAGGGGAAUUUGAGGCAGUUCAGGAGGCUCUUUUGCAGAUAACUAGUAGGCUGAAGCAUCAUCUCUUUCGUGAUACUUUUCCUUCUAUCAACCAUCCUUCACAUCCUCCCUUUCCGGAUCAAUUACCUUCAUUGUCUUCAUAUGGAAGGAGGGAAUUCUCCCCUCCCAGAAUGUUUCCGAAUUUGGGCCCAUCAUUUCACAAGUAUGAACCUGCCGGUGGCUUUCCUCCUCAUGGUGGAAUUCAUCCUCAUAAUGACCGAUCUGCUUUUGCUCACGGUAUUCAUAGGCCAGGCAUCCCCUCUCAUGGUUCUGAAAGACUACCUUCUUCAGCACCGUGGGGACCUCAGGCACUAGCUGAGGGUGGUGGUCCGAUGGGCAAUUUGGAGUACCCAGGUGGGCCCCAAAGAAGAGCUGGGGCUUAUGGAGGUGGAAGCCAACCAGCUGUUAUCACAAGCACCACUGUGGAAGUUGUUGUACCUCGGUCUCUUGUUCCUUCAAUUUAUGGAGAAGAUGGAGGCUGUUUAAAACAAAUUCGACAGAUAUCUGGAGCGAAAAUUACCAUCACUGAACCCCGACCUGGAGAAACGGAGACUGUAAUUAUAAUAGCUGGAGCACCCGACCAGACUAAUGCUGCACAAAGUCUUCUUCAAGCAUUUGUAAUGAGUGGAGCGGAUUCUCCUUGAGGUUCCUCAGCAUUUGGGUCUAAUAUAUAGUACUCCAUCUGUGCUGUUUGAAACUCGACACCUCAGCGGAAGACCAAGAAGGUUGAAGAAUGCAAUAAUCUAAUUUUGCAGUUUUGAGACAAUACAAAACUGAGUGGCACUUUAAUAGGGACAGGCUUCAAACUUUGCGGAUCCACCAGAUCUUUGAUGGAAAUGUGUUGCCCCUCUGGUUUCAUUGAAGAGUUAUCUGAGAGUCAAACUGUACUUCCAUUUACCAUGGAACAAGGAGAGCAAAAAUGCUUUAUGUAUCUUCAUGAAGUAUUAUUUUCUCCUAAGGGAAGGUGCUUUUAUACCAUGAUGAACUUUUGAGACUUUUUAUCUGAAACAUUAUCAAAUUCCCGUG